UUUGAGUGAUUGGGACGAGGUGGCGCACUGCAUCAUGGGUAGGUGAAGAAUAAGCAAAGAUGGCGGACAACGACGAUGCAUCGUCCGUCGGUUCUCGGCCGAAAUCGGCCCUAAUGAAGCGACAUGAACAAUUGCAACGCUGGAAAGGCUCGGAACUGGACAAAGAAAAAAAUCACGUUGACCCUAAGAGAAUAAAAGUGAAAUUUAACCAAGGAUGUGUGUUUCUGGCGGCAUGUGCGAGCGGCGACACGGACGAGGUGAAGAAAAUGUUGGGGAAAGGAACCGACAUAAAUUAUGCAAAUGUCGACGGCCUGACCGCCCUCCAUCAAGCUGUCAUCGAUGAGAAGCUUGAGAUGGUGGAGUUUCUGGUGGAGAAUGGAGCAGACAUUGAGGCUCAGGACAAUGAAGGCUGGACGCCGCUCCACGCUGCCGCGUCCUGUGGAUUCAUGGAUAUUGCACAGUUCCUUAUAGACAAUGGGGCCAACGUUGCAGCUGUUAAUAAUGAAGGGGAAAUCCCCCUGGAUCUUGCUGAAGAAGAGGAGAUGGAAGAAUUCCUACAAAACAUCAUUGAAAAGCUGGGGCUUGAUGUUGAAAAUGCGAGGAACGAGGAGGAACAGCGCAUGCUGACAGACGCCAACCAGUGGCUCAAUACGAAAAACAUUAAAGAGAAGCGACAUCCAAAGUCUGGCGCCACAGCACUCCACGUUGCCUCUGCCAAAGGUUAUAUUAAAGUUAUGAGUAUUCUUAUACAAGCCGGUAGUAACGUAGACGAAAUAGACAAUGACGGAUGGACGUCGCUCCACGCCGCAUCCCACUGGGGACAAAAGGAGGCCGUGGAGCUGCUAGUGGAAAACAUGUGUGAAAUGAACCACAAAAACAAACUCGGUCAGACAGCAUUUGAUCUGGCUGAUGAUGAAAUGUUGAAGUGGUUAGAAGAGUUGAAAAAGAAACAAGCGUCUUUAAAGAAAGAAGAGAAGCCAUCUGCGCCAAGAAUCGAAGCAAAGAACCCUCCACCAUUUAAAAGAAGGUCUUCCGUUACACGCAUUAGUGUUCCCGACCGUAACAUGUUGCUGCAUCAAGACAUGGCCAAGGAACGUCGGGAGCUGGAGUUGAAGAUUCACGGCAAGGACAGCGAGAAGGAAAAGCCGGCCAGUAAUGUGAGACCGAAGGUAGCGUCGGGCCCUCUUAGGGCACACGGGGAGAAGAAGACAAUGGAGUCGUCCAGCUCCAGCGAGAGUGAGAGCGAGAGCUCGGAAGACGACAGCAAGAACCGGCCCACCAAGAACCGCGGCAGCCUCAACCACAACAAACCGGGCGAGGUCAACACGAGGCAGGCCAACAGGACCCCCAACCUACCCCAAGCGCCUGCCACCCCGACAACGCCCCCAAAGAAAGAGGUUCCCAGCUUCUCCCCCAAACCCUUACAGCCUCCACGGCAAGACUCCAAGGAGGAGGCCGCCCCGGCCUGGCGCCAGGGUCUACGGAAGUCUGGCAGCGCUAGCGUUGUGCCCGAGUCCGUCCAGAAACCGGACAAGGAGCCGGAGAAGCUGCCCCGGUCAUCCUCCAGCCCCAAGCUGACCACUACGGAAGAGAGAGCCAAGCAAUCAGCCAAUGAGAGGCAGGACCGGCUAGGGCGGCUAACGGAAGGCAAGCAGGUCGAAACGAAACCAGCGGAACCUAAGACCGAGGAUAAAACUGGCAGGGAGUUCGGACUUUCCUCGCGAGGCGGCUCGUUCACGAGACGUCCCCGCAUCAUUGCCGACGUAACCACGGACCAGGACAAAGGCCCGGAUACCGAUCGGAACACCACCAUAACCGCAACCAUAACCACCACCACUACCCCUCCUGUAACCACGGCAACCACCACGGUUCCUACAACGGGGAGAAGGUCGUACAUGACACCGGCCAAGGACGAGGAGUCUGAAACGCAACGGAGACUCCGAGCCAAGAGGGAAAGAUCAUCACGAAGAUCAACUCAGGGAGUGACGGCGGAAGAUUUAGAAGGUGCUAAGACUGCAAUCCAGAAGAAAACAGAGAAAGAAGACAAAGAGAAAGACAAUAAGAACGAACCCCAAAAGGACAAUAAGAAAGAAGAGGAACCAGCAAGGCCAACACGAAGAGUCGGGAGGGUAUCACUUACAAGUAACAAGGAGGAGUCGGAACCAGCUCAGCAGUUUUCCGGCCGCAGGGGUCAGGAUAACCAGUCUAAUACCACGGCAACCUUCACGGCUCGGCCAGGCCGUACUGGCUCCGCAUCAACCGAUACCUCCAGUACCUCAGUACGCACAGCCAGGCUCCCGUCCUCACAAGACACCGACGAGGCCAAGGAAAAAGAGCGAAGAGAGAACGCCCGGAAAGAGCGCAUGCAGCAAGAGCAGGAACGCCAGAAGAAAGAACGGGAGAAGGAGAGGGAACGCGAGAAGGAAAAAGAGAAAGACGACGACGACAAGUCGCCCAAGAAGCACAGCACCAUCUCGCGACGCCGUCCGCGAGAACGGCGACGCGCCACGGGCGUCAUUUACAUUGAUGAAGAGAAUGAAGAUGAAUCUGAGGACUCGCAAGUCGAAGAUAAAGACAAACUUUCUGAAAGGACUGCAGAUCGAUACGGCAGCAGACCGCUCUCAACAAGCUCAAUACCAAGCAGAUAUGGUGACAGUUCAUCAACGCCAUCUUCAUCGGAUCGCUAUGCAAGCCGCACCGGGUCAGGGUCCUCUUACACCCGGGACAGAGACAGGGAACGAGACCGGGACAAUGAGAAGACAUCCUCGGGAACACCCUGCCUGAACUGCAAAAAGCUAUUCGACGAACAGAAGUCGCUGGUCACAAAGCUCCAGGACCAGGUCAAAGAGCGUGACCUGGAGGUCGCCGAGCUGAAGAUGCAGGUGGAAAAAUCCCAGCAGAAGUCUGAUCGAUUCGACACAAAAUCAGUUGAUAACGAAAAGAGGGAGAGAAGGGCAUUAGAAAGAAGGCUAUCAGAAUUGGAAGAGGAACUCAAGGCGAUGGAGCAACUGAAGUCAGACAACCAGCGUCUCAAGGACGAGAAUGGCGCUUUAGUACGAGUCAUAAGCAAGCUGUCCAAAUGAUGACGAUACCCCUCUCGCUUAGCGUCCUGUAGUGUUUUCAUUUUACCGUUUGACGUUUUCAUGUUUUUGUUGCCAAGGGAAAUGGGGAAAAAGUAGAAAAAGGGUUUGAGAUGAUGCCUGGGAAUGGCGCAACAGUAAUCCUCACUAGUACAGAAAAAAAAUCAAAGAAGGACUUUCAGGCAUUCUGCCACUAUUGGCAUUUGGUAAAUGAAAAUAAAUAUUGUCACGGGGGGGGGGGGGGGGGGGGAACAGUCACUCUUUCUGGUAUUAGACAAAUCGUUUAUGGUUUACACUGUGGCAUAUCGUACAUUGAACUUUGAUCCAGAUGUUCUAAAGAUUUCACUACAAAAUUCCCCCUUUUUGGAACUAUAAUUCACUACUUUAUCUGCCAUGUUGAAUGUGAACAAACUGAAGCCCUAAUUAUUGUCAUGACUGUUGGCAUUUUAUAAUUUGUUGGUGCUAUUGCUCAAAAAUUGUGUGUAAACAACUCAAGGGGGAAAAACGUCAGACAGAUUAGGCAGUUUGGGAGAAUUCAAGUAUAUGAAGCAUCAUCUCAAGCCUUUUUGGAAAUGAAAUAGUCAACUCGGAUUGAGCGUUAGCUGGAUUGUGUUUAAAAAAAAAUUUGUAUGUAACGUACAGGAGCAUGGUGUGGAGGCUGCCAUUUGUUCAAACAACUUUUAAAUAUACUUUGAACGGCAUCAGGUUUUACAGAUUCGCUUUUGACAUUAAUCUCUUCUUGAAAAAAAAUCAUGCAAGUCUUGCAUAUGACCCUUCAUUUUAACAAUUGGA